CCUUGGUGCCGCCGCGCUUGUCUUGUCCCGGGGUGUCCUCCCGGUCGGGGACGGUGUCUGGGUGAAGACGUUCCAGGGCCCUGAAGCUCCGCGUCUGUCCGGACGUGGCUCAGAUCCGCUCGUCCAGAGUUGUGAAUCAGAUGGCAUGGCGUUAAUCACCCUGCGGAGAAACUUCUGUCAUAUAUCUGAUUUUUGGAUACCUGGAGCUGUGGCUGCUUUGAAAAUUCAUCCUGCCAAUCACGUCCAAAAGAUAGUCAAAGAUCGUCUCCACGUUUGGUUCUGUUCCCUACACCCUGGGCUGUUCAGGGUCAGAUUCCAUCAUUCCUACUGUAAAAACUUCCACUCACGAAACGGAAAUGACCUUCAUCCAGUUGCUGAGCCGUGGUUCUCUCAAGCACAGGAAUGGAACCAGCCCGAUCGAAGUCUUGCUCGCGGGGAUGAAGAGACACUCUGCAAGAGACUAAACAGCUUCACCUCGCCCGAUGAAGUGUUGAGUUUCCUAAGCACGCAGGACACUCUGCCCGUCACUUUGGCGUCAGCAGCCUUACACAGGAUUUGCGAGGUCGGGGAAAGAGAUUAUGAGCAAAGGCUGCCGCAAGGAGUACUAGAAAACAGCAUCUUCCGAGCUCUGUGCCUUCAGUGUGGGCGGGACCCCUCACGUCUGACCGAUGAUGCCAUGGUGACGGCUCUGCAAUCUCUGGUUACGUUGCCUGUGGAUCCUCAAGGUAGCCUGAUGCUGACCCUGAUGGCAGAAUGCCGGAGUCGUCUCCAAAGAGGCCUUUUGGAAGCCCGCCUUCUGUGUAUUCUCGGGGAAAGCCUGGUUAGACUUCAGGGUGCAGGCUGUGAGACCCUGGAACUGGUUCUUUGUCAACUGCAGAGUAAAAAUUUGGAGACAUUUGCCCCGGAGGAUAUCGUGGCCAUUUAUAGAAUCCUGCAGGCCUGUCCUGAAAAAGUGGACAAACACCAGACAUUUUUAAACACAAUAAACAACUUUUCCCUUUCGAUAGUUUCCUUCCUGAGUCCUAAAUCCAUAAGCCACGUGCUCACCGCCCUAGUGGCCCUGGACCAGACUCAGGCCAUUCCGCUGGUUAUAAAAUUGGGCAAGCACAUGGUGAGAUACAUUCCUCGCUUUACCAGUGAGGAGCUGGGGAAGGUCUUGGAAGCGUUUGUGUAUUUUGGAUACAGCGACAGGUUCUUCACAGAGGCGCUGGAGCGGCACAUAGCUGCCCUGUGCCUCUCUCUGGACCCCGACGUCACCAGCGCCGUGAUGGCGUACUGCAGUAGAAAGCGGAUUCGCUCCGAGCCCAUCCUCGAUGCCGUUGCGGAGGCUUUUGUUUGCCAGUCAGAAAGAUUCUCACCUAGUCAGAUUUCCGAAUUAAUCGAGCCGUUUGGAAAACUGAAUUAUUUGCCGCCAAAUGCCCCUGCUCUAUUUAGGAAGCUGGAAAAUGUGCUCUCGGCUCACUUUCGUUGUUUUCCACCAAGAAUGCUACUGAGGCUUCUCCAUUCCUGCUCGCUGAUUGGGUGCCACCCCGUCAACUUUAUGUCAAAAAUAUUCAGCCCCUUUUUCCUUCAACGGCUGCAAGGUGAAGAGCCGUGUGCGGAUAGAGUGAGCCUGGCGCAGCUGACCCAGCUCUUCCUGACGUCGGUCCUAGAAUGUGCUUCCUAUAAGGGCCCCAAACUUCUUCCUCAGUAUCAAGUGAAGUCGUUCCUCACUCCGUGCUGCUCCCUGGAGACCCCCAUGGAUCUCCACCUCUACAAGUCCGUGGUGAUGGGGCUAAUUGAUCUUUUAGGAUCAAGACUGUAUUUUGCAUCAAAAGUGUUGACACCCUAUUGUUACACCAUAGAUGUUGAAAUUAAAUUAGAUGAAGAUGGAUUUGUGUUGCCAUUUACAGUGGAUGAGGAUGUCCACAAAAGGGUGGCACUGUGCAUUGACGGCCCGCAGCGGUUCUGCUCUGACAGCAAGUACCUGCUUGGGAAAGAGGCCAUUAAGCAAAGGCACCUGCGCUUGCUCGGCUACCAGGUUGUUCAGGUCCCCUAUCAUGAGCUGGAGCUGCUUACCUCAAGACUUGAGUUGGUGGAAUAUUUACAAAGCAAGCUGUUUCCUUCAAACUCUCCUGUCCAUUGGUAACCAAAGAAACCGACUUUGGGAUUCAGAGUGUAAGAGACAGAGGAGUCUG